GGCUGCGUUCAUUUUCCUUCAUUACGAUAAGAAAGGAGAUAGAAAAAAGAGGUGUUGUUUUCUCGAAAACGGUUGCAUCGAAGCCAUCCAAUUGUCUCCGCUCAAAAACAAAACAAAAAGAGAAGCAAGUUCAGUGCGAGCAUUCUGCAUUUUCAUCACAUUUAUCCUUGUAACGUCGCACUCAAUGUCAAGCCCCAGCUUUGUGCGGUCACACAAGCUCGACGCCGACGCCGUGUACGUGCGUUCGCCUCUCACGGCGGACGAAAAAGCCCUCCAGUAUCUUCCAGGCAGCCGCUUCCUUAAUACGACGGAGUUUAAACGAAUCUAUCUAGGCGCCGGUGAGGACGAAGGCACUCGUCCGUCGUCUGCUACUGCUGUGAGUGAUGUUGCAUCCUUUCAACGACGCACAAGUUUCCGUUUGGCUCAGCAGGAUGCAACCGCUAACGUGGCGGUGGUUUCACACAUCGGAAGCAGUAACAGCAGCGCUGCUCCUCGUCAUCUCCCGUACGGCAACACUAACGGACUGGUGCCUCGUCGGCCUCCAUCUUCAUCGACGAUGGUGUUGCCCCGCACGCGGAAAGGCAAGGCUGUGCGACGGCUCUGUUAUGGCUCCGCUGACAACGUGAACGAAGCGCCUCUACUUUGCACUUCAAAACCAACCGGUUACCCACCGGCGGUGGCGCGCCAAAGUGCGAGGGGUGUUUUAGACCCCAACUGUGGUCCCAUGGACGAGGCCGCCGCCGCUUCUCAUUCUUCUCUGUCCCAGCAGCUGCGGUAUAAGGUGCGUGCAGCACGGCGGAAGUCUCCUUCUGCUCUUGCGGCCGUCGACGCGGCAGUGGUGCACUCUCCCAGUCGCGGGCGUCGCACCGACGAGGCGUGGCUUUCCUUGCAGCGUGAAUUGACGGAAAAGAAGGAAGAGGUGCAGAGCUUGAAGCGGCAACUACUCCGCGCCCAGGUGCUCGUGCGCACGCUGCACGGCGUCGCCAGUGAAGAGGCGGACAGCACAGAUGAGGAGGUCGACAGGAAUAGUGUGUUGGACGCGGGUGGAGACGCUGAUGUCGUGUCGAAGGAAGGUGACGUCAAGGUAAAGGCGAAGGUGGGAGGGAAGAAAAAUAAUGACCCGGGCAAGUCUCCGUCUGCUGAUCAACGCCCGAAAGAGUACUGGCAACGACGUGCGUACUUUCUUGAAAAGCAGAACGAGGAACUCACGGUGGAGGUCGAGCAGCUCCGCCGCGAUGCCCGCGGGAGCAAAGCGCGGGCGCUCGCAAAAGAGGUGGAGGCGAUGCGGGGAGAGCUGAAGCGCUGCCGCCGUCAGGAUCAGGGACGACCUGUCCCCGCUACUGCGCCGCGAGCCACCGGCGAGACAGAAAUUGCCGCGACAGUGGAAAGAGGCGAGGAAGGGGAAGAAAGAGGCGAGGAAGGAGACGCUGCAACGACAUCUUUUUGGCCUGUAGAAAGUCGCCGGCCGCGACAUCGCGGUCCCCCUGGCUCCAUCUUUGCCUCUACCGCCGAUGAAGUCAUUCUGCGGGAAAAGGACGACACCAUUCGUGACCUACGUGAGCGGCUGCGUCUGCUCACUCAGCAGUAUCAAAAAGCCGACGCUCAGGUGAUCGCCUCGACCCGUCAGCUCGCGGACCUGACGCACCGCCACAGCGCGAUGCAGGCGGAGUGGCGUGCGUUGCAGCGGCUGCCGCAGGAGUUGACGCAGCUGCAGCAGCAGCUUAACACGACGCAGGCGCAGCUUCUCCACUCCGACCGCGAGGUGGAGGUCUUUCACCAGAUCUUUGACACCCUCGAGUCCCCGGCCACCCUGCGUGCCGUCCUGGACGAGCGCAAUCACCUCGUGGAGCUGCUGCGGCAGAGUCAGCAGCAACAGGCGGACCUGCGGGACGAGAUGAAAGCAAGCCGGCAGCAGGCCAUCCACGCGAUAGAGGCGAAGUGUCGAGCGCAGAGGGAGGAAGAGCUCGCCAUGGCCCGCGACCGCGAGGCGCAGCACGAACAGACGAUACGCCAGCUGCGCAAGCAGGCUGAAACGUUAGUAGACCAGCUGGAGGAACAGCGUGAGGCGUACGAGGCCGAGCUCGCGGAGAACGCGGACGAGCGCGAGACGGACUUGACCGAGCGCUUGUUAGAGUCCGUCGCACAGGGUGAGCCCGAGGAAGGUGUCAGGGGUUUCAACCGCAGCAGCAACAUCAACCCGGGUGCCACAACACGCAACAACAAUAACGUUCCGCCGUCGGAGCAGAGCGCGAGUGCCUCUCGUAGCUCGGUGCGUAGUGCCUCACCAUCGUCGCGGCCACCGUCACGCGACGGUCCGCGAGAUGCCGACGCACCGCGACGCUCGCCAGGCGAUGGUGAGGCAGUUGCCGCCGCUGCCGCCGUAGGGGACCUCGUCGACAGCACUUCGGCACUUCUCGACACGCAGCCUUCCGUGCACGCGUUAACACAAAUCAACGAUGCCCCUUCUCCACUAUCUCCAAAAUGGAACGAUGCUACCGGCACCCCGAAGGAGAGGGAAACGACGCGCCGCCUCGACGCGCAUGCGGACUCGGAGAAUUCAUCCCUGACAUUAACGUCCGACACGGAGAGCUCCAUAGCGGAGACGGUCACCGACGAUGGGAAGGACUCAAUACACGGCGAAGCGAAGGAAGUGGUCGCACACACACCUCCAAAUGUCUCGUCGGCCAUGGUAGGCGCCCCUUCGACUAGCGCGUCCUCUCGAGCGGUGCCUGCAGAUGCCGCCCCUCACGACAGCGGUGCAGCAGCGGUGGUACAGCCCGGACUGGUCGGUGACGAGACAGCAUCGCACAGCCGCAGCAACAGCACCAACGACAGUAGCGACAGCACCGCGCAGGACAAUGAGGAUGCGUCGGACGAGACAGUCGAGAAGGUGCACGGCUGCGGCUCUGAUUCGUUCGACAACUCCGCCACACCGCCACAGGAGCAAGGAAAGAUGCGAAUUGGAUUUGGCUUCUCAAAGUCUCUCGACGCGGCGGGGCCGCAGGAGGUCACUGGCAGCGCCGCUUCCUCCGCGGUCCGCCGCCGUCCCGUUUUCGACUUCCCUGCGCCACCCACUGCGAUGCACCCCGUCUCUAUUCUCAUGUCCCGCGCCCCCGAGAGCGGAAUCCAUUUCGCGAGUGAACUGCGCGCCGUCGUGCAAUCGCCCGCGACGAGUCCGCAGCAAACCUCCACCGCCGUGUCCGACCCGACGCAGUCGCAGCCCACACUAACGGAGAGCGACAGCGACAGCGCAGAGCACGAGAGGGGAGAGGAGGAGGAGACGUCGUCAUCUCACUCCUACUCCUCUUCGUCCUCCAGCUCCUCUUUUGUAGCGGUGCCGGUAGCCUCGUCAUCCGCGGCGGUGACGGAUCAACACGAAGCAAAAGAGUCGACUGCGGCAAAUGCAGAUACCACGAGGCUUACAGAGGGAAAGGCGAGCGAAGAAACGGCCGUUGUUCCCCACGCAACAGCACACCCCAGCGCGAGCACAAUCCAUUCCGGCUUGCAGUCCGCGCUCGACAACAGUCUCGACCCGACGCUGCCUGUCACCGUCACGGACUCGCCAGCGGUUCCACGAAACACGCAGCUUGCCGCGUCGGCAGUUGCCUCCAAGGCAGCCGCUGCAGCCUCCGCCGUCCCUCCCCUCUCGCUAUCUGCUCCGCAGGCCGCUGCGGCAGCGCAGAGUCUACCGUUGACCAGCACGACGGUGCCCACCCCUACGCACCCGUCCGUGUGGUCUCUACACGACUCCCCGACAAAUCUCCCUGUCACGACGUCCGUCAAGGCAGCACCGACCCUCUCCCCACACGCCAUUACUCCGUUGAUGAACUCCCGUCUGUACCCACCACGGAUCAACAGCGCGCAGCUGCUGCCAUCGCUCAACUUGGAGGAGAACGCAGCGGACGGCGGACCGCAACGCAGCGGGGCCUCGCCGCGGAUGCAGAGCUUCGACCACAGCGGCACCGAACUCUCACCCCAGUUCUCGGGCAACGCGUCGUUUGACUUCGUUGGCCCCCUCGCCGAGCGUCAUCGCCUGGAAGACUUGCAGAACAACAUCGUUCUCUCGUUGCAGACCUCACCAGCCACGCUGUCCGGUGGAGCGGCAGGUGGGGUACCGUUGAAUCCCUGGCCACUGCUGGGCUUCGACGUACGUCAACAGAGCAACGCCGUCUUCUCCUCUCGGCCCGGCAGUCCGCCACAGGGUGACAGAGCCAUCUCGCCGGCUCCAAAGAAGGAAAAUUCGACCAACGAGGAGAGCGAGACAAUGGAGGGAAAGGAAGAGGUGGAGCAACAGCAGCAGCGGCGUGUGCCAGCUACAGGGCCUGCAAAGGAAGGGGUAGAUGUGUCCGUCGCCGGGCCGUCGCAGCCCGCAGCGCAGGCGCGCACGUUGCCGACAGCUGCCCACGAUCAGGCCGGUGACGACAACAAAGAGAAGGUCUCGGCUGCGCAAUUUGUUCAGCCCACCGCCUCCUCCUUUCCUCCCCGCAGAAGCAGCGGCGAGAGUCCGAGCCCGAUUCGGGACACCUCGCAGCAGGAGCACACGCUCUUUUCAUUUGCGAUGGACGACGCGAGCGACAUGAAGAAUGCAGUGGACGCGGCAGACGCAGAUGCGGCGGACACACCGCCGGUCUCCUCUCCACCAACCGAGCACAAAGACAAAUCUCCUGACAUUCCGCCGACCGGCCUUGCGGAGAACGACAGGGACAUUAAUCCGGCAGGCGCCGCAACGCAGUCCCCUACGACUGCUGCCACUUCAUCUUCCCCAGCUGCGCCGCUCCUGCCGUUGCCGCCGAUGGCGAAGGUGCCAACGCCACCCUCAGCGGGGAUUGCGGUGCCCCCGCCGCCUCGUGUUGCGGUGCCACGCCCUCCUGCUCCUGCAGCCGCUCCACCGACGCCUCCGCCCGGUGCCCUUACGACGUCUCGUGAUGCAGACGUCGGUACGGCACCGGCAGCCGCGGUGGCGCCUGCAGCGCCUUUCGCAGCGGAGGGCGUUCUCUCGGUGCCAUCCACCCCCCAGGAGGCACUCGCGUUGUCCGGUGCAGACACAGACGAGGAUGAGAGAGAGGAGGAGGAGGAGGACGACGACGACGAUUCGUUCUCCUCCAUGCCGCCGAUGCUCGUGGGUGGGACGGUGGAGAAGACGAGAUCGCCGCCGGAGCCGCGCCUGGCGAACGAGUUGAGUCCCUUCCCGCCUCACUUUGCGUCUCCGAAACAGCCGGAGCCGACUGUGCCGCGCUACUCGGCGUCAGCCGCGUCGAGCAUGCUAGGAGAAAAAUAG